CUACAUGGAAGAGCGCUUGGCUGAGGAAAUGAGUCCCUUUGUUUGAACAAAUGAGAGGCAGGCUCGAGGGCGGUCCUUCUGUUCGUCAUUGGCUGGAAACUCCAAGAGGGAGGAGUCUAAAUGGAGUCUCUGGCCGGAUCAUCGCAUCGAACAAGCAAGAAGUUCAACACAGAGAGAGAGAGAGAAAGAGGAAAAGAGAGAAAGAGAGAGAGACAGAGAGAGACAGGGAGAAAAAGUACAGUGUGUGUGCGGGGCUUUGGAAAAUGGACUCUUGACAGAAGGAAGAACAGCAGCGGGAACAACGAGGAGAGUCUACCUUAAGUUGUUAAGUAUAGCCGUGAAGGAAAUGAAUAUGAAUCCAAAUCCAUUAAGCACAGUGUAUGCCACCAAAAGACGGAGACGAUCAAAUAAAAGUUUGCGACCCUCGGCCAAAGAUAAUGGCUCUCAGACGAAAAGCAAUCCUUCGAAACGUCACCGCGAACGACUCAAUGGGGAACUUGAUCAUUUGGCCUCAUUACUUCCGUUCGAGUCAAACAUUCUCUCCAAGUUGGAUCGAUUGUCUAUCCUACGGCUGGCUGUGGCAUUUCUGCGAACCAAAACCUUCUUCCAAGUGGCAAUGCACAGGGAAAAAGAUGAGCUCCUGGAGAAUCAGUACAAAAGAGAUUUCCUGACCUAUGACAAUCAGCUGCUGGACGGAGACAUCUUCCUUCAGGCUCUCAAUGGUUUUCUCAUGAUCCUGGACUGCAACGGCGAGCUGUUCUUCGCAACACAUUCAAUUGAGACCUAUUUAGGUUUCCAUCAGUCGGAUGUGAUCCACCAAUCUGUCUAUGAGUUGGUCCAUUCGGAGGACCGAGAGGAGCUCCAAAAGCAGCUGACCUGGAACACGUACCUUCCCAACGAGGAUUCCAAUCUUAGUGUGCAAGAUGUCAUUCAGUCCGAUAGUCCGGCAGUUCUGGAACGAUCCUUCACCGUACGCUUCAGAUGUCUCUUAGAUAAUACAUCAGGAUUUCUGAGGCUGGAUAUUCGUGGACGUAUCAAAGUCCUCCACGGACAAAACAAAAAAUCCGAGGAUCCUCCUUUGGCAUUAUUCUGUCUUUGCACACCUUUUGGGCCUCCGUCCUUGUUAGAAAUUCCCCAGAAGGAAGUCAUGUUCAAAUCAAAACACAAAUUAGAUUUUACUUAUGUGUCUCUCGAUUCAAAGGGUAAGGAAUUGCUAGGAUAUGAAGACCGAGAAGUAUUUGAUGUGGGUGGUUAUGACUUGGUUCAUUACGACGAUUUGGCUUAUGUAGCCAGUGCCCAUCAAGAACUUCUAAAAACUGGUGCCAGUGGCAUGAUAGCCUACCGAAUCUUAACCAAAGACUUGAAAUGGCAAUGGCUUCAAACCUCGUCCAGAUUGGUGUACAAGAAUUCCAAGCCAGAUUUUAUCAUCUCUACCCACAGACCCUUGAUGGAGGAAGAAGGCCGAGACCUCUUGGGAAAACGGACCAUGGAUUUCAAGGUGACAUAUCUCGAUGUGGGCUUAACCAGUUCCUACUUGAGUGAUCAUGAAACUUCAAACCAAUCAACUGGAACCACUAAUGGAGCCACUCCCACCACCACCAAAUCCAACAAACGUUACAAAACCCAUCUCAGAGACUUCUUGUCCUCUUGCAAAUCCAAACGAAAGUCUACUAACAGUGAUUUGGCUUACGACACGAGCACCUUAGCUUACGCGACCAUGUACUCGCAAACAUCGGGCAACUCCAAUUAUCCGCCGGAAGGAUCCUUGUACAUGCAACAAAACCUCUCUUCGCCAUAUCAAUCCAUCUACUCCUCCGUAGACAAUCGAUAUUUCUCCCCGGAAUAUUUGGCCAGUUAUCGAUCUUUGACCACGUAUUACCCCGAAUAUGCCGCCACGGCCCAUGCUGCCCAAUACCUUGGAAACAGCUACUUUACAGCUGCAGCUGCGGCCGACCACAAUAAUCCAGUACCGGCUGCCAGACCCUUGGGCGCCCUUCCGUACGAUGUGUCGACCAAUCACCUCAGAUAUUUCGAUGAAAAAGCUCAUUCUGGAGUCACCGAACCUUCUCCGGUCGGAUUGAGUGGAGGUGAAUGCAAAUACACCUAUGACGAACACUCGCAAGGUAGUGAUGAUAAAAUGGAUGGCGAAGGACGAUCCCGAUCAAAGAACGCUGACGCUUCAAAGAGAGAAAUGGAGAAAUUGGCCAAAGGUGUCAAAUGUGAACCCUACCCUGAGUUUCCCAAAGACCCUUAACAUUUCUGCGAUUGAAGUUCAAAUGAAUGGUUACAAAUGGAGAGUUCCACGUGAAGCCUUGAAGAUGAAGGAAAUCGAUCUCAUGCCAAUCAUAGUCAGUGGAUUAUCUAGUCAGAGGCUUUUUUAGAUGUGUUAUCGAUGUCAAUUACUAAAUCUGAAUACACCAUCCGUUUUAGAAA